GUGAGUACUGUUUUGCCCGGAAGUACCUUCCCUCCUCCCUGCUCCACACUACCACGGUUUCCCUACCUCAUUUGUCCUCGCCCCUCCCCGUUCCUCUACGCGUUUUGGUUCCUGGUUGGUGCUUCCUGGUAGCAGCCCCGGCAGUGACAUCAAGGUUACUGACGCUGCAUGAUGUUUGGUGGUUAUGAAACUGUAGAAGCAUAUGAAGAUGACCUUUAUCGUGAAGAAUCAUCUAGUCAAAGUGUUGAUAGUGAGGUGGAAUUUCAACUCUACAGCCAAGUGCAUUAUGCUCAAGCUCUUGGUGAUGCCAGAGAAAAAGAACAUGAAGAAAAGGACUCUGGGAAUUCUGAAUCAGUGAGUAGUAAACCAAAUCAGAAGAACCUAAUUGUGAUUUCAGAUAGUGAGGUCAUCCAGCUAUCAGAUGGGUCAGAGGUCAUCACUUUGUCUGAUGAAGAUAGUAUUUAUAGAUGUAAAAGAAAGAAUAUUACAGUUUCACCACAAGAAAAGACCCGGUGUCGUCCUGUGUUUCUUCAUUCUAAUGAGUUGGCUGAUAAGAAAUGUAAGAGGGAUAUUGAGAAACCCAAACCUCAAGAGAAAUCAGCUAUGGCCCAAGAGGUCAUGAUUAUAGAGGUCAGUUCAAGUGAAGAGGAAGACAGCACCAUCUCAGAAAGUGAUGAUGUGGAAAGUUGGAUGCUACUGGGAUGUGAAGUCGAUGAUGAUAAAGAUGAUGAUAUCCUUCUCAACCUUGUGGGAUGUGAAAAAUCUGUUACUGAAGGAAAAGAUGGUGUAAACUGGUUCAUCAGUGACAAAGACAUGGAGGCCCAGAUAGGUAAUAAUAGAUCAUCUGGAAGAUGGACUCACCGAUACUAUUCAGUCAACAAAAAUGUUACCUGUAGAAACUGUGACAAAUGUGGCCAUUUGUCAAAAAACUGUCCCCUUCCACAAAAAGCCCGCUCCUGCUGCCUCUGUUCUGAGAGAGGACACCUCCAGUAUGCCUGUCCAGCCCGCUUUUGCUUAGACUGUUUUUUGCCCAUGUCUUCCACUCACAGAUGUCUUGAAAGAUCUUCGUGGAGAAAACGAUGUGAUAGAUGUGAUAUGAUAGGUCACUAUGCUGAUGCUUGCCCAGAAAUCUGGAGGCAGUAUCACCUAACGAUCACACCAGGACCACCUAAAAAGCCGAAGACCCCGUCCAAACAGUCAGCCUUAGUAUAUUGCUACAACUGCGCACAGAAAGGCCACUAUGGACACGAAUGUACAGAAAGACGAAUGUUUAAUCAAACAUUUCCAACAUCUCCGUUCAUCAACUACUAUGAUGACAAAUACGAAAUUCAGGCGAGAGAACAGAGAAUAAAACGAAAAGCAAAAGAACUCCAGAAAAAUAGAGGUUUCCCAAGGCAGUACAAGAGACCUCACAUGGAAGCCGCAGAUAAGAAAUCUCACCACGCUACGAAAAAGAGCCCUGGCUCGUGGAGAAACAGCAGCUGUCCACAAGAAAAGAAAGAAACCCGAAAAGAGAUGAGGUGCAGUCGAGAUCGCAAGAAGCCCAGGAAGGCCGAUAGGUUUCGUGAAGUGGACGAGGAUUUCCCCAGGGGCCCAAAGCUCCCCCAGAAGCCUCACGGGUCUACUUUUCACCACUCAUCACAUCACCACAGGACACAAGAAGAAAAGCUGCCCAAAGAGGGCAAGUGGGACAGGCGUAAGAGAAAGGAGAGAGGCCUGCAAGAUGAUGCCAAUGACAAUUUGUUUCUGAUUAAGCAGAGGAAAAAAAAAAAAAUCUAA